AGUUCAAGCAGAGUCAGCGCGAUAACUGUGGUAUUGCCCUGGGGUGCUCAAAAAGAGACGGUAAAGCCGCAACAAAUAGGAGAUAUGGAUCUAAGACCGGGAGAGUACGUGAUGCGCAUUCUUUUCGCAGAAUUUACUUCGCAGGCGGAGAAAAAGAUGGAAGCUGUUAUGACAGAACAUGAAAAACAACUGUCAAAAGUAUUGCAAAGAGGAGAGGAUUUACAAUUCGAUCAACUGUUAUCGGCUUUCGGUUCUGUCGCCGAACAUUGUUUACCGUCAAUAUUGAAAGCCCUUUUUAAUUGGUACGAACGUCAGCUUGUUGACCAAGGUGGCGAUCAAAAGAAACCUGCCCCUGGAAAGGAAGAUCAAAAAGGGAAAAGUAUUAUGUAUACAAUAGUAUCAGGAAGUGUAGAAACAGUGGAAAGAAGUGAAGCAGAUCUCUUACAAGAGCGUAGAGAUCUUGCCGUCGAAUUUAUAUUUUGUUUAAUGCUGAUCGAGGUUUUACGUCAAUUACCGUUUCAUCCUGGACACGAGGAUUUAGUAACAUAUAUAGAAAAUAUCGCUUUUAAACAUUUUAAAUAUAGAGAAGGUAUACAAAACGAACCGAACGCAGCUAAUAUUCACAUUAUUGCUGAUCUCUAUGCUGAAGUGAUAGGAGUUCUGGCGCAGUCCAGAUUUAUGUCAGUGAGAAAACGUUUUAUGGUAGAACUGAAAGAAUUACGAGCUAAAGAACCAGGACCUCAUACUACACAGAGCAUUAUUUCUUUAUUAAUGGGAAUGAAAUUUUUCCGAGUUAAGAUGGUACCAAUAGAAGAAUUUGAAGCAUCAUUUCAAUUCAUGCAGGAAUGCGCUCAAUAUUUCUUAGAAGUGAAAGACAAAGAUGUUAAGCAUGCUUUAGCUGGCCUUUUUGUUGAAAUACUCGUUCCUGUUGCUGCCGCUGUGAAAAAUGAAGUGAACGUGCCGUGUUUGAAGAACUUUGUGGAAAUGUUGUAUUCAACAACAUUAGACAUGUGUACAAAGUCUAAACAUAGACUAGCGCUCUUCCCAUUAGUAACCUGCUUACUUUGCGUCAGCCAGAAAACAUUCUUUCUACAAAAUUGGCAUUACUUCUUAGCUAUGUGUCUGUCGCAUUUGAAAAAUCGCGAUCCAAAGAUGUGUCGAGUUGCGUUAGAGGCUUUAUACCGUUUACUCUGGGUUUACAUGAUACGAAUCAAAUGCGAGAGCAAUUCCGCCACGCAAAGCAGACUGCAGAGCAUAGUGAAUUCCUUGUUUCCUAAGGGAUCGAAAGCGGUAGUGCCGCGGGACACGCCGCUGAACAUUUUCGUAAAGAUUAUUCAAUUUAUUGCGCAAGAGAGACUGGAUUUUGCGAUGCGUGAAAUAGUGUUUGACUUGCUGUCUGUCGGUCGACCAGUGAAGAUAAUUUUAACUCCCGAACGCAUGAGUAUCGGCCUCCGAGCAUUCCUCGUCGUAGCCGAUAGCUUGCAGCAGAAAGAGGGAGAACCACCUAUGCCGCGCACUAUGGGUGUCUUGCCAAGUGGAAACACCAUGCGUGUUAAAAAGACAUAUUUGAAUAAAAUGCUAACAGAAGACACCGCGCGAAGCAUAGGAAUGUCUUCAUAUUUUCCACACGUACGCCGAGUGUUCGUGGAUAUCCUGCGCGCGUUAGACGUUCAUUACGGCAGACCUCUCAUGAUGACCAGCACUCAGAAUAUGAACAAGGAGCCGGACGAGAUGAUCACCGGAGAACGCAAGCCUCGAAUAGAUCUCUUCCGAACUUGCGUCGCCGCCGUUCCGCGACUGAUUCCCGAUGGAAUGACUGGUGCGGAAUUGGUCGACUUAUUGGCUCGUUUGACAGUACACAUGGAUGAGGAACUGCGUGCAUUGGCAUAUCAAAGCUUGCAGACUCUAGUAUUAGAUUUUCCCGAUUGGCGACAGGACGUCGUGCUUGGGUUUACGCAGUUUCUAGCCAGGGACGUGCAAGAUACGUUUCCGCAACUUAUUGACAACGGUCUGAGAAUGCUGCUGCAAUUGCUGACCAGUUGGAAGAACGCCCUCACGAGUCCCAGUAUAAGAUCUAAGGAACAAGCAGUGGAUAAUACGCGGGUCAAUAUACGAGUGGACGUUGGGAUCAAGAAAUGCGAAACGGGCCAGAAAAUAGAACCUGUAUCGAACAUAUUUUAUCUAGUGGAAGGAUUCGCCUUGGUUAUGCUCUGCAAUUGUCGUCUUUAUCCUCGACGAUUGGCUGUUCAUAUUCUUCGGGAAAUUAAGCUUUUACUGAAGACUUUAGGAGGACCCGAAGAUGAUCAACCAGUUAUUGAUGUGAUCGAUGCUUGCUGUCCCGCCGUCUUGGAAAAAUGUUAUCCUAUGUUACCGCCAGCAGAGAAAGCAGCUGCUGCGUCUACAUCUAACGUGGAUUUGCAAUGGAUAGCCGACAGAAGUAGUUGUGUUUGGACAGCUGGCUUUCACGACGAAAACAGUACCAAGAGUUCUUCCUCGCUCAAUCUAAAUGGAGCCGAUCCGUGGGCCAGUUGUCUAUUUGCCUUUUUGGAAAAGGAUAGAGUGCUUACGCUGUGUCCAAAUGCCGUCGCUCAUUCUUGGCCCAUUGUCUUCACUCGUAUAAACUCUUUGUUCUCGGUGGUGGAUCCCACGCCGGUAAAUGACAAUCGAGCUUCGUUAUUGCGCAGUUCGACGACAGUGAGAAAACCAGUGAACGAGAGAGAUGUCUAUAUGCACAUCUGGAAAAAUUAUCUGACCUUUGGAUACAGAGUCGUGCCACCAGUGCCGAAUCCAGUUGUCCGAUGCGCCAGUCCGGAUCUCAGUCUCAGUGGUCAGCAUACGGUGGAGUUUGGUGUGUUGUGCAUGAGUAAGGAGUUGAGUCAGAGCCUGGAGAAUCUCGGCGGGGCGCAGACCCUGCCGGGUCGGUUCUCUGUACCGUCCAUUUCCGGCAUCUACACCCGGCAUAAGCGUACCAGCUCCUCACCUGACAGUUUAUCCGCGGAACGGGGCGAUAACAAAUCACCUGGCACAAACGCGAGUCCCGCGGCCUUGUACAAGCUGACCGUACCCUUGUUGAGAUGCGAGGCCGUCGACGUCAGGGAUGCCGCGGUGCAGGCGAUUGGGAAAGUAAACGCCGAUGCUUUAAAAGACUUGAUGGAGGAACUGGUACCUUACAUCCGGGAAGCGGUCGAUCGGAAGCAGGAGAACAUGAGACGGCGAAGAAGACGCGACGCUUUGAGACUGCAGCUAGUAAGAGUACUGGAAUUAAUUGCAGAGUAUGGAACGUUCGGUAUCUGCCCAGCGGUUUUAGACCGUGAAACGCAGUCUUUACAUCCGACAUUCGUCGAAUAUAUAGAUGGUGCGCGCGUUUACUUAGAAAACGAGACCGACAAGGAAGCACCCGCUGUACGGGACAUCAAAUUGCACUUCUGCAACUUUAUCAGGAAGAUGAUCAAGAGUUUUUCACUGGAGAUAUGCUAUACAUUGUUAAAGAGGGACUUAAGAAGAAAUCUAUUCAUGCUCUUCGCUAGUUGGGCUGGUGUUUACGGCAGGCCGCUUACGAGUAUAUCGUCUAUGCAAGAAGAAGAAAAGUCUUGCACGGAAUUACAACUCUCAGCCUUGCAAGCUAUGAGUGGAUUACUCUGUUGCGGUUCCUGUUUCAAUCCGCAGUCGCUUUCGGAAGAGGGUGCGAUUUUGUAUCAAUGGCUGGACUUGUUACUGGCCAGUAAAGAUGAAAAGAUUUAUACGCUUGCACGUGAAACCGUCGUGUUACUGCUCGAGGGAAAUCCCGAUAUUGGUACACUUUUGGAUUGGGUGGUGGAUCGAUGUUACACUGGCGCACCGCAGGUGGCCGAUGGUUGUUUUCUCGCAUUGGCAACAAUUUUUAGCGCCAGGGAGUAUCCUUGCGACCAUUACACGAGUGUCAUCAACGUAACAUUAAUGAAUACAGGAUGUCCUCGCGCUCCAGUUCACGAUGCAGCGCUUCAACUUCUUCAACUACUGGAUCAACGCUUCUUCGGAAAUGUAGGUCCGCUUCCAGCUACAGAACUCGAAGCUGGCCACAACGAUCCUCUUGCAAGCUCUGCCGCUACUGUGACUUCCGGCGGGCCAGGUCAACAAAGUAAUCCUGUAGGUGAGAUUUCUUCCGGCGGCACGAUCAGAGGUGGCACAUUGGAUGUCCUCUUGUCGACCACUUAUUGUCGCAGCCAAAUGUACCUUUCACGUCAACUGGCUCAAUUACAUCCGGAACUCACGAUGCCGAUGUUCAGCGAAAUUACACAUCGGUUUCAAACGGCCCGCAGAGAAGUUCGGCAACUGCUACUGCAAUAUUUGUUACCUUGGUUGCACAACAUGGAAUUGGUCGAUCCUAAUGUACCGCCGCCGUCCAAUCCCUUGAGUUAUUAUCAGGUGAAUGAAGUUUAUUAUCGUGAUCAACUUUGAAAUAGCAGCGCAGCAUUUUGCUUUGAAAUUUUAGGAG